ACGUCAUAUCCAAAAUGGCUGCGCCCAUGGUACAACAAAGUCCAAAUCAAAAUGUGCCUUCUCAGGGCCAACAACAGCAAGUGCAAGCAAAUAAAGAAGUUGAAAUAGACCCAAUAGUAAAAAUUAAACAGUAUCUGUUACCCAGAUUGAAAGAUUCACUCGUGGCACUGAUGAAUGUUUCUGGGAAAAUUCUUCGACAGAAUUCGCUUCUGGAGGAGGGACACAAACCUCAGGAAGGCUUGCAGCAGAUGUUUGAAAGAAGUAUUGAGGAAUUUUACUCUAUUUGUGACCAGCUAGAGGCAAACCUGCGAUUAGCCUUGGAAAUGCAGGCCCAGCAGACAGACAGUACGCGUUACACACCCCUCCCUGUCACUAUUCCCAAGUCUGACAACUCGGGCCUCGCAGACCAGCAGUCCAUCCCAUACCCACAGUUUCUGGUCACUGUUAAACAGCAGAUUGCCUGUGCUAAAGACAUGUAUGAGCUACUGGCUGACUUCACAAAGAAGUUGAGUGAAUCACAAAGGUGAUGUGGAAGGUGACUCUGGAGCAUUAUCUCUAAUUUCUGCACUUCAAGGGCACUCAAGGAAGUGCAAGGUCAGAUAUGGACACCCUACAGAUACCAGAAAUAGGUUUUCCCAAAAGAAAACCUCAGGAUAGUGGCUUUAAUUUCUCAGUGACACCAUUUUUAGUUGAACUGAAAAAGUGAUAAUAUCUUAUUUUCCCUCAAUUACAUGUUGGCUGCAAAUGAAAUUGUUGCACUGAUUGUCUUUAUCAGUCCAGUUCAUUACUUUGAUUGUAACAAUGCCGCUGUAACUACUUUCUGACUUACUCAUCGCCAUAUCAUAUCUAUUAUCUGAUGUACAUUGUAUGGUACCAUCCAAUAAAUGUGGCCAUUCAAAUGUGAUGGGCAAUCAACUGGA